AUUCUUCUUUUCUAGUAAUUAAAUAUUGAACAUAAACUAAAUAAAGUACCUUAAUAGAACAAACAAAAUUGCGAUUUAUUGAUUAAUUUUACAGCUUUAUAAAUAUAAUUACUAUGAAUGAAAACAAGUUUAAAUGAAAAUAAUGUGUAAUACGUAUUUUUAUAACUAGUAACCUUGAAUUUAUUUCAUGUUUUGGUAGUUUGUUUUUAUUACGUAAAAGACAUCUAUUAGAAUGGCAAAAAAAAUUUUACAUAAACUUUUAAGAUCAGAGUAUCGUAACCUAUUAAAGAGGUACAGUAAUUUUGUGCAAACAAGAAUGGUUUCAUCGGAAAAAGAAUUGUUUAAAAAUGAACAAUUCGCCACUUUAGCACAACUAAAGUCGCAUUUAUCGAAAGAUAUGGGAGUAGAUGUUUAUCAACCCAUUCCGAAGGAUCGUUCUCAUUUACUCAAAUACCUUCCAAAACAUCAAGAUGAAUUACCAAAACGUGCGAUGAAAGAUAGUUUUUUGGUUGGAAAUAUACCACUUUCUAGUGAUAAAUCUUUGCAAGAUAAAUAUACGACUUUUUUAGGGCAAUUGAGAAUAGGGAGGUUGUUAGAGGACAUGGAUAUUUUUGCAGUAAUGGUCGGACAUAAACAUAUAGUAAAUCCGAAACAAACUGGAAGUGAACAUUUUCCAUACACUUUGGUUACUGCUCUUGUAGACAAAAUAGAUUUCACAGAGUAUCAACCUAAGUCAGAUCAAGAUAUAAAAAUUUCCGGUCACGUUAGUUGGGUAGGAAAAUCAUCGAUGGAAGUUGUCGUUUGGUUAGAUCAACUUAUGCACGGUACUUGGCACCGUAUCACUAGAGCCUUAUUUCUAUUGGCCGCCAGAGAUUCUAAUAACCUGAAACCGGCUCCCGUUAAUGCUAUAGAACCUGCAGAUGAAAGGGAACGACAAAUUUUAUCCGGAGGUGAAGAUAGAAAGAAACAGAGGAUUAUAAUGCAACAAAAACACGUUUCUAAGUUGAUACCUGACAGCGAAGAACAACAAAUAAUCCACAAUCUGUACAUCCGUACGACGGAUAAAGAUAGCAGCCUUCGAAACAGAGUGUUGCCGGCCGGUUGCGUUUGGAUGAGUAACGCGACUAUUUCGAACACAAUUUUUUCUCAUCCGGACGAACGUAAUAUGCACAACACCGUUUUCGGUGGUUUCAUAAUGCGCAUGGCCACCGAACUAGCUUGGGUCCUCGGCUUCACGUUCAGUAAAUACAGACCAGCAAUUAAAAGUAUUAGCGAUAUCAGUUUUCAAAAACCGAUAGCCGUUAGUUCUUUGAUAAGAAUGCACGCGCAGCUUGUUUAUACCCAGUUGAAUUAUAUGCAGAUUUUGGUUUAUGUCGAGGUUUAUAAUUCGGUAACCGGAGAAAAUGAUACGACCAAUACUUUACAUUUUACGUUUCAAGUACCUGAAUUGGUGAACGAAUGUAUUCCGCAAACUUAUCACGAGGCUAUGAUGUAUAUCGAUGGCAGGCGACACUUUUUGGAAGUUAUUGAUAAAUCGACUUCUUUCCCCAGCAAAUUAUAACACUUGGAAUACGAUGUUGUUGCCGCUUUUAAAAACUUUAUUUAAUUCAAUAUUUGUCCAGUUUAAUAUUUUUAUAAUAUAAAUUUUAGUAAUGCUUGGCAACGCUGUAACUAUCCAGACGUUCUAGGUUAGAAAAAAGAAGAAGAAAUGGACGACCAAGUGGCCCGAAGAAGAUGGAAAGAGAGCUCCAGCUUAAGUUGAAACGGUUCCCUUCAGUUUACAGAUGUAUUUUGUACGAUUUAUUUUUUUUUGUUUCAUAAAUUAGUGUAAAACUGAUUUUUUUUAAGUUUAUUUUAUAAUUUUGUGUGUAUUUUUGAUAAGUUUUUACAAAAAGUAGCCCAAUCCUUAAUUAAUGAAGUCUGUUUGCAUUUUAAAUAAACUGGAAUUGACGUCUUAGUAGUUUUGUCGCCUUUAUAGGAAUAAAAAUAAAAAAUCAACAAAUUAGUUACUGAAUAGUUUAAUAAUUGUGAUUCGCAUUAAAUAACUACCAAGUUUACCCACUAUAACUCGUUGAUAAUAUUAUAAAUUGUUAUAAUAAAACUUUAAUAACUAA